GACGAAUUGUGAAAUUAACUCAAUUUUAUGGACCACUGCGAAGUGCCUAUGAAAGGGUUUCGUUUCGCGUAAUUCCCCCAUCUCCUCCCGAUUCGAUCUCUCUCUCUUUUUGAAGCUCAACCAAUAAGGGGGUAUGUAAUGUCAGUUUCACUUUGGCCGGAGUAUUUUCUCAGGGUUUGAUAUUAUCUAUUAUCGGUGGCAUUAGCAAUGGCGUUGUCAGUUUCAAGAAGAAUUUUUCGUGCCUUGGGUUCUUGUGAUUAUUUAAGUCUUUCACUUCGAUCAUUUUAUAUUUCUAAUGUAGGUUUGAAUGGUCAUGUUUCUGGGGGCAGUUUGUCUUCAGUGCAAUCUUCUGUUCCUGGAAAGUCAUCUUUUGAUGUACAACAAAGGUAUUUUACUUCCAUUUUGACCUCAGAUUCUAGUGAAAGUGCAUUUCCCUUGGAUAUGUUGUCCAGGAAGCAAGUUUUGACUCCUGAUCGGAAAAUUGGUCUCUAUCAGGAUCUGGUGAUUCCAGUUACAAACUUCCACAAGGAAGACAAGGGCUUAAUGGUUUUGGCUGGUGAUGUUUUCGAUGUACCAAUUAGGAAGGAUAUUAUCCACCGUGUUGUAAGAUGGCAGCUUGCUAAAAGGCAGCAGGGUACCCAUUCAACAAAAACUGUUAGUGAGGUCAGUGGGACUGGGAGAAAACCAUGGAAGCAGAAGGGCACUGGUCGAGCAAGGCAUGGAACACUACGCGGCCCUCAGUUUAGGGGUGGAGCUGUUAUGCAUGGUCCAAAACCACGAAGUCACGCCAUAAAGCUGAACAAGAAGGUGAGGCGGUUGGGACUGAAGAUCGCUCUGUCAGCUCGUGCAGCAGAAGGGAAGCUUAUGGUUUAUGAGGAUUUCGAGCUCCCUUCACACAAGACGAAGAACAUUGUGAACCAUGUCAGUCAAAUGGAGAAUACCAAGAAACUUCUUAUGGUUGAUGGUGGUCUGAUUGAUGAAAAGCUAAAGUUAGCUACUCAAAAUCUACAUUAUGUAAACAUUCUGCCUUCAAUUGGUUUAAACGUUUACAGCAUCUUGCUGCAUGACACACUCGUAAUGUCUCGUGAUGCUGUAAAUAGAAUAGUUGAAAGGAUGCAUACUCCAAUCAACCGCUGAUGUAGUUUCUGCAGGUUGAAAUCAGAGAAGGUUUUGGUAGUUUGUUUUGGAAGAUUCUAGGGGCAUACAAUAUUUCAUGUAUUUGUUGUUAUUUUCAGAAACCUUGCAGAUGCACAAUUAAUUAUGCGAUUUUACCAUUUAUCUCAUUUUUGUAACACAAUUUAACAAGUUUGAAAAACACUUUAUUUGUUGACCUAAAA